GUCUCGCGAGCAGGACAUCUCGGACCAUGAGCGCUACAGAGGCAGGAUUAAGUCCUGGGGGCCGGGCACGUUUGGCUUUAUCGAAUGCCCGGAGCUGGCUUCCAGAUUCAAGCGCGACGUCUACGUGUCGCAAGCCGAGUACAAAGAUUGGGCGAUCGGCGCACCAGUCAGCUUCAGUCUUGUGGUCACCGAGCAGCGCAAGCCCCAGGCGCGAGACGUCCGCGAAGAACUUGACUCCGACGGCUCAGCCCCGUCGCCAGCGAGCAUUGGCAGGAGUUCUGCAGAUCUGUGCCGGCCUGGCACACAAGAUGCAGCCGACGAGGCCCUGCAGGACCGUCUGGAGCCAGCCCCUGUGUCUAGGACUUCCAGCCAGUCCAGCCAGACUCUGCCGGGCCAGUGGGUGCGAACAGUGUCCACCAGCUGGGCCGACAUCGUCGACGAGGAGGAGGACCUCUUGGGGCACUUGGCUAGGGAGGCGAUGCACCUGCCUUACUACGAACAGUUGAUGAGUUUAUUGGCCGUGACGUGGAAGGACCUUGCACCCGCAUUGGCGCCAGCUGGGAUGGAGCCUCCAGAGUCCGAGACUGGCGUACGCGACUGCGCGAGCUUGAUCAAGGAGUACAAAGUGGACGCCGGCCUGCAGGGAUUCCAGAGGUCGUACGCCCUGGAGACCGCCAUCGCGGACCAGCAUGGCGAGUCCAUGCAGGGGCCUGCUGCACAAGCUGAGAUCGUAGAGGUCCCCACCCAGACCUAUCUGGAGCAGCAGGGUAGCAGGCUUUUGACACUUCCCCUGACCUACCGGACCAGGGUAGGUGAAGAUGUGAUUGAGAAAACUCCCGAUGCCUGGGAGGGAGAGGGCAUCGAGGGCUUUGGAUUCCCAUGCAACGAGGAGCACCAAGUAGCAGCCCGGCCAGCAGAACUCCCGCCAGCGCACCAUCCGGUGCCGAAGCGAGCGAUGCACGUCCGCAUGGUGCAGGCUACCGUCGCAAGGGUGCAUGCUGCCUGUGCAGCAGCCGCGGCUGCGAAGCAGUGCGAGGCUUUGGAGGAGCGGAAGAAGCUCCUGGGCUUGCCUCCCCUGGACGAAGCGCCACCGAAACCAGCAUGGCCAUCGAGUGUUGUUCAGCCUCGCCACCUGCAGCCUUGGUCAGGGUCCCAAGCCCAGGGCAUGCAAGCGUCAGCAGGGGUGUUGGCCCAGCCGCAAACCGGCGUGCCAAAGCCGCCCAGUGGCCCUCCGCCUGCCAAGCUGCAAGAGCCGCCGGGGCCUCCAACUGAGCCGCAGAGCGGCCUGUCGGCCAACGCUCCAGCUUUCCAGCCUGGCUAUGCGUGGCACCAAGCACCGCCCACCCAGUGCCCAGUGGCCACGUAUCCCUGUCCCGAACACGGGGACCAACGCUGCCACCAAGUGCCGUUGGAAAGGGGCAACAUCCUGUCCAUGACGCCUUCCGUGCAAGCUCACCCAUUCGUUCGUGCCCGCACGCCUUUGCAUGCAGCACAACAUGAAGGCCCACCGCUUCCGCUGCCACCAUCCCAGUCCUCAGAUCUUGGGCCCCGUCCAGUCCUUUCCCAAACCCAACAAGCGGCCCGGCACGGAGGCCCCGCACCUGCCCAACGCAGGCAGUAUGAGGAACGUCCAGCUCCACACCACCACCAAGCACGGAACUCAAGGCCCCCGGACGUCCCUAACACCCAGCGACAGGUGGCUGCCGGACGCCGGCAACGGCACCCCGCGCAGGAAGCAGAGACCGGGCAUUGGCAGGACAGCUGGGGACAGCAGGAAUGGCAGGAGCACGAGUGGCAUGAGGAGGAAUGGCACGUGCAGGAUUGGCAGGCAGAGUGGUGGCGGGAGGACUGGAGGGGCCCAUGGAGUGACUGGGCAGCCAGUCUGGGCCAGAAACAGGGCAGCAAAGGUGGUUACAAUAUCCUCUGCGAGCUCCGGUUCCUCAAAUUCACCGCCAAGGGGACAGGAGAAGGAUGCAAUGGGCAAAGGACAGGGCAAAGCAGCCAGGCAGGCACUUCGUCAAUUGAUCCAACAGCAGAAGCAGCAGGAGGCCCCGUCAGCACGCUGAUUGGCGCUCACUCCGUUGGGCAGAUGAUGCAGGCAGACCACACGAACAAGAACAAGGUGGUCGCGGCUCUGUUCGACAGUGAGCUCAACGAGGUCGAGAAUGCUGUCAACUGUGGCUUCUUCACCUCGGGGCAGCGCAAGUUUCACCCGAAUGAAAAGUGUACUGGUGCUGGUGGUGGCACGAUGGUGUGCUAUAGAGUGGAAGCCUUGCAGCAGUGGGAGCAGGAGCUGAAGCAGCUGCAGUUCUGCAGGCAAGAGCCACGGCAACCGCCUCUCCACUAUGCAGCCAUGGCUACUGGAGCUGGUGCCUUGAACGCUUUGUUAAAGGCCAAAGCCCCCCUCACUGUCCGAGACGCUCGCGGGCAGUCCUUACUGCAUGCAGCAGCCAGGAGUGGCAGCACGGAGGCUCUCAGGCGUUUGCUGCAGGCCAUCAGGGAUGGGCGUUCACGCGGCCUCCUGGAGUGGAGCGACCGCUGGGCUCGCUCGGCAGUACACUGGGCAGCGCUGAACGGCCAUCCAGAGGUCUUGAAGAUUCUUUUGGAGGCUAAGGCGCCUUUGCUAGCGGAUGUGCCGCAUGGUGUGGCAGGCGCCGUGCAGCUUACAGAGAGGACUUGGGCCGGCCGCGUUUCAGGCAAGACGGUCUUUGUCAAUUUUCACACAGAGUGGUGCAACCACUGUAAGAUGUUGAAGCCGACGUGGGACAAGCUGGCAAACGCAAAGUUCAAGUUCAAGGAGAAAGGCAAGAAGAAGUCCAUCUUGAUAGCAAGCGUCGACUGCUCAGGUGACGCAUCCAAAUUCUGCUUGGAGUUUGGCGUGGACAAGUUUCCUACCCUGAAGUACGGGAGCCCGUACGACCUUGACGACUACACAGGGAAGAAGGAGCUGCGAGACUUGGAGAACUUUGUCACCUCUCAGCUGACCCCAGUUUGCACAGUGGACGAUCAAAGACAUUGCUCUGCUGAUGAGAAGUUGCUUAUCAAGGACUUCCAGAGGAAAAGCAUACUCGACCUUGACAAAAUUGUCGAGAAGCUCGCCGAAGAACGGAAGAGCGUAGAAGCAGAUUACAGCUUGUUCAAAGCCAACUUGCUGGGUACCCUGACGAAGGCCGGGCAGCAGAAGGACAGAGAUGUAAGCGCCGCUAGUGGCGAACAGAAAGAGAAGAUUGAAGCCGACUUUCGAAGGUUUGUGGAUGGACUCACAGAACAGCAUAACGAGAAAGAGGAGGAGAAGAACAAAAAACUUGCCCUGCUAAAGGCAAAAGGUUUGAGCUUGGCCAGAAACGUCCAGGCAAACAGGAAGCCAAGACCGGAACUUUGA